GAUAGAGACAAAAGCGCCUAGCCAUACUCUUUGAAGGUUGGCCCAUUUUCAUUUACUCAUUCCCAGCAGUAGAACUCGCAGCACUCACAAAUAUCGGAGAGAGAAAGAGGGAUUUAAUGGCGACAUCAAAACUGCAAGCACUAUGGAAUCACCCGGCUGGCCCUAAAACCAUUCAUUUCUGGGCACCGACCUUCAAGUGGGGCAUUAGCAUAGCCAAUUUCGCUGACUUCAGUAAACCCCCAGAGAAAGUUUCAUAUCCCCAGCAGAUUGCUGUUACAGCAACUGGAAUUAUCUGGUCACGCUACAGCACUGUUAUUACCCCUAAGAACUGGAACCUCUUCAGUGUAAACAUUGUAAUGGCCGGUACUGGCAUUUAUCAGCUUUCCCGAAAAAUAAAGCACGAUUACAUCAAUGAGGAGCAAGCUGCUGUGGCCAAAGAAUGAUGAAAAAAAUCAACUUCUCUGUCUAUUCUCCUACUAGCAUUAGACUUGAUUUGGCUGAUUGGCCUGUUUGUCCUUGCCCUUGUUUAAGCUGCUUUCACUUCCGUUUCAGUCCUUUUUCAUAUUUGUACUUGAGUCAGCAUUGAUCUUGGAUCAUCAAGGAAAAUAAUAUGAAGGUCUUGUCUUUGUUUAAAAUUCUGGUUUUGAAUUUAUGGUCUUUAAAAUACUGUU